GAAAAAUAUCCUUACAUUUCGAUUGAAUUCUAUUAAAUAUCUGGGUUUGAUUGGUUUAGAAGGUAGCCAUGUUAUCUCUUUAUGUUAAUGAGAAAUGGGAAUGACAGUGGCUAGUCUGCAAACACUUCCAUGUCUUUCUCCACUUAUAACAUCAGACACUAUUACAAAAAAUGAAAGCCUUAUUUUUACAAGAAGAGCUCUACUCUUUGGUACCAGUUUUUUGGCGGCUCCUUUCUCAUCUUCACCUUCAUUUUUGUCUGCUAUUGCCCUGCAACCACAGCCUCAGGAUGAGCUUGAGCAGCAAGAAAAUAGAAUAGUCGAUCUCUUCCAGGGAGCUUCUCCAUCGGUCGUUUUCAUUCAAGACUUUGAAUUGGCUAAAACCCCAAAGAAUUCUUCUGCUCAAGUCAUGCCUGUCGAUGAAACUGCUAAGGUUGAAGGCACAGGGUCCGGUUUCAUCUGGGAUAAAUUUGGUCACAUUGUUACUAAUUACCAUGUUGUAGCUAAGUUAGCCACUGAUAACACUGGAUUACAGCGUUGUAAGGUUCUACUUGUUGAUGCUAAAGGCAAUAGACUUAUCAGGGAAGGAAAGAUUAUUGGUUCUGAUCCAGCUUAUGAUUUAGCUGUUCUCAAGGUUAAUGUUGAAGGAUAUGAAUUAAAGCCUGUUGUUCUCGGUACAUCUCGUGAUUUACGUGUAGGUCAGAGCUGCUUUGCUAUCGGAAAUCCUUACGGAUUUGAAGACACACUCACAACAGGGGUGGUCAGUGGACUAGGAAGAGAGAUACCCUCACCAAACGGAGGAGCCAUUAGAGGAGUCAUUCAAACAGAUGCUUCUAUUAAUGCAGGGAAUUCAGGGGGGCCACUGAUUGAUUCAUAUGGGCAUGUUAUUGGUGUUAACACAGCAACUUUCACCCGCAAAGGAACAGGAGUAUCCUCUGGUGUGAACUUUGCUAUUCCAAUAGACACUGUGGUUCGAACCGUUCCGUACCUUAUUGUGUAUGGAACACCCUACAGCGACAGGUUUUAAUCAUGCUUUCUUUUAUGGGUAACAAAUGCCUUUCGGUCUUGUAUUAUUUGAUUUAUCUGAAAAGCAUACCUGUAGCAGAAUAUCUGAAAAGCAAUUGCUUGAAAUGAGACUCGAUCCAUCUUCAUGCUUUC